AUAUCAAUAACAAUUACCCUCACAUCCAGAUUUCAGACAUGGAUAUCAACAGAGAAAAAGAAAGGCAAAUCCAUCAAUCCGAUGAAGAAAUCGGAAGAGGAGGAGAACGCAGUAGUGAUAAGGACAAAUCCAGCUUGCGUUAUCGGAUUCUCCUAGCCGUCACCUACACAUCUCUGUUCGUGGGUUCUGUAUCUUCAAGCUUGCUUUCCAGAUUCUACUUCAUUCAUGGAGGUUCAAGCAUAUGGGUCUCCACUUGGGUCCAAUCCGCUGGCUUCCCUCUUCUUCUCUUACCCAUCUACCUCCCUCGCCUCUUCGACUUACAUCGACGACAACCUCGACCUUUCUCUUACUUCACCCUCAAGCUUCUCCUCAUAACCGUUGGGAUGGGUCUGAUUUCAGGCUUAAGCAACUUCCUCUUCUCAUGGGGCAUCUUCUAUCUCCCUCUCUCAACCUCAUCUCUUCUUCUCUCCUGUCAACUCGCCUUCAACCUCAUCCUCUCUGUGCUCAUCGUGAAGCAACGAAUCGUGUUCUCCAACCUCAACACCGUUGUUCUCAUUACCCUGAGUUCAAUCCUGUUGGCAAUCGGAUCUAGCCAUGAUAGACCUAAAGGGGUAACCCAGAGACAAUACUUCAUGGGCUUAUUCGCUAUUCUCUCGACGGGAUUGCUCUUCGCUCUCUAUCUGCCAUUAAUGGAGAUGAUUUACAAGAAGAUGGUUCAGGGUUACGAGAUGGUGAUUGAAAUGCAGUUCAUCAAUGCAGCGGUUGCGACGGCGUUAGCUUCGGUUGGGAUGGCGUUUGACGGAGGGUUUAGAGAGAUGAGGAAGGUGAGUAAGAAGAGUUUUGAUUUGGGAACGGCGGCGUAUGGGUUGACGGUGGGAUUUAACGUGGUGACAUGGCAGGUUUGUUUUAUGGGAUCGGCGGGACUGGUUUACCUGACGACGUCGUUGACGGGGGGGAUUUGCAUGACGGCGUUACUGUCGAUAAAUGAGUUGGGAGGUGUUUUGGUGUUUGGGGAUGAGUUUGGUGGAGGGAAGGUGGUGUCGACUCUAAUGUGUGUUUGGGGGUUUUGUUCUUAUGUGUAUGGCGAGUACAGAAAAAUGGUGGAGGGAGAGAAGAGGAAUGAACAGGGUAAUCUGGAGAAUGAUCAGGAGAAGGCGAUGGAGGUGGUUAGUGUCAACUCAUGUUACUUUGAAUCUCGAAAUUUAUCUUGAAUGAUCAUCAAAAUUUUGGC